UGAGGACUUGCGGAAGUGAAUUCUGCAUUGAAAUUGGUUAAUAGAUUUCAAUUUAUAUAGAAUGUAUCCGAUUUAUAACUUUGCAGCAUCUUAACAGAUACGCUUUGUGUGUUUCAGAGCAGGCUGAGGCUUUUACGGAAGAUAACUUCACUUAGUGUUCUCUCAGGGGCUGUUAAGCACUGAGUUGGAGCAGGAAAUUAAAGGCAGCGGCAGCUGAACCACCGACACCGAUGAAGAAGAGAAGCCAUACGUGUCUGAUCGCGUCCAGCAUGGCUAUGCUGGCCGUGCUGAUGAUGGUGCUGUACGGCUCGCGGGGCGGCCAGCCGGCGGUCAGCUCCGGCCUGCGGCGGGAGUACCAGCUGCAGGGCAGACCGCUGUACAAGCUGGACCUGAGCUGGCCCAAGAACCCGGAGGUGUUCACCGGGGAGGUGUUCGCCGUGGCGGUCAACCAGUACACUGCUGUGGUGUAUGUGGCCCAGAGAGGUAACAAUGUACCCAAGGUGCUGGUGUUCACCACAGAUGGAGAUUUCCUAAUGGCCUGGAACACAACCACCCUGGAGAUGCCUCAUGGUAUAUUUUUAGCAGAUGCUGCUUCGUCAAACCCCACUCUGUGGAUCACAGAUGUGGGGAGCGGCCCGUACGGCCACUGCAUCAAACAGUACUCCUUAUCGGGGAAGCUCCUGCAGGUGCUUGGUACUCCAGGGAAGGCCGGCUCUGGGUUGAACCCCCUGCAGUUUGACCAGCCUGCUGAGAUCUUCGUCCAUGACUCUGGAGAGAUGUACAUUGUGGACGGUGACGGCGGGAUGAACAACCGCCUCAUAAAGCUGUCCAAAGACCAGGAGGUGGUGUGGAUGCACGCAGAGAAAGGACAAGACCCGGCUCAGUUCUACAUCCCCCACAGUGUGACCGUGGACAGCGCCCAGAGGGUGUGGGUGGCUGACAGAGGGAAUAAGAGAAUCCAGGUCUUCAACUCCAUCACUGGGGACUGGCUGGGGACAUGGGGGAGCUGCUUCACUGAGGAUGCACCUUACUCCGUCCGCCUGACCCCAAACAAGAAGUACUUUGUGGUCGUACAGCUCAACACCAACCAGAUUUCGAUGCUGGACGCCCCUCCGGUGGGCGUGAUUGGCCAGUGCACAGUGGUCAGUGUUAUCCAGCUGGCUGAAGAAGUGAAGCCGCACCUGGUGGACCUGGACCUGAAGACAGGCGCACUGUACGUUGCCGAGAUUGGAGCUCAGCAGGCCCAGAAGUUCACCCCUUUCAAUCUGGGAGGGAACAUCCUGUGAUGUCAAAAUGGAAUAAUCAGUAAUCAGCUCCUGACAUACGUGUUCAAACUGGACCAAAAAUGUCCAAAUGUGUUAUGAAAUGUUCAACAUGUGAUCUGGACGUACAGAGGACAUCUGACUUUGAGAUGUCUAAGGUUCCCCCUGAUAAUCCUGAAAUGCAAAAUAAUGUAAUUGUAAUCAUGGAAUGAAAAUGCAGUUGAUUUUUCACACUCGUGAAACGUUUGGAACAGAACCAAUUCUUCUCUCACACAAUAAUAUGCACUUAGAGAAAACCAGGUUUCCAUACAAUAGAUAAAGGUUUCCUGCUUUUUGGUAUUUAUUAUGGAUGCGCUGUUAUCAAUGAUUGCUAUUCUAAGGUAAACAUAUGGCUGUGUUUUUUUGCUGUUUGUGAAGUUAUGUGCCAUCUGUGUUUUUAUUCUUGACUUUGGACUUUGGAGCUGUUUCCUGUCAUCACUGCAGACACUUUAAACUCUUUAGUGCUUUUUGCUGGUUCGGCCUUUCGCCAGCAUGUGGCUGUUUUUAAAGACAUGUAUGAUUGCACAUGUAUACAUGUGUAAAAGGUCACAGCUGAACUGCUUAGGGAGCAUGUCUAUAAAUAUCACUGAAGCACUUAAUAAUGCAGUGAAUAAACACAGUGUCUGAUGGGUAAUUGUUUCUGAAAAAUGAUUUUUUCAUUGUAAGUGUAUAGUUAAUCUGGAUGUAUCAUAUUACUGUCUUGCACUAUAUUUAUUGUAUUAUAGAAUCAGCUGUAUUUUGAUAUUAUCAUUACUGAGAGGAAUGUAUUGUGAUCACUUUAUUGCUUUCUCAGUGAUUCUGUGUUGCCACCAUCAGUCACUGUGCAGGUUGUGGUGUAAACUGAUUUGUGAUUUUGUAGGAGGUGAUUCUCAGAGACAGGGAUGGAAAAUAAGGAACUCCCACACUGUAUGGAAGUGUAGGACUGCUGCACCUAUUGUCUUUGCAUCGUCUGUUUAUUUAAAAACUUCUGUCCAAUUA